AUGAAGCUCAACGCCCUACCCCUCCUGUUCGCCACCGCUGCUAGCGCCAGUGUUCAGGGUUUCGACAUCUCCAGCUAUCAACCUACCGUGAACUUUGCCGGUGCUUAUGCAGCUGGGGCCCGCUUCGUCAUGAUCAAGGCAACUGAGGGUACCAGCUACAUCUCCAGCUCUUUCUCGAGCCAAUACACAGGUGCCACUAACGCCGGUCUAAUUCGUGGUGGUUAUCACUUUGCUCAGCCAGCCAGCAGCACCGGUGCUGCACAAGCCAAGUACUUCCUCGCCCACGGUGGAAAUUGGUCCAAUGAUGGUCUGACCCUGCCUGGUAUGCUGGACAUCGAAUACAACCCAUCCGGCGCAACCUGCUAUGGGCUCAGCCAAUCAGCCAUGGUUGCAUGGAUCAAAGACUUUGGCGAGACCUACAAGGCCACUGCUGGCCGGUACCCUAUGAUCUACACGACCACCGACUGGUGGAACACUUGCACUGGUGGCAGCACGGCAUUCGGUGCGGAUUACCCAUUGGUUCUGGCUCGAUACAGUACUUCGGUCGGUACUGUGCCAGCUGGCUGGCCUUACCAGAGCUUCUGGCAGAACUCGGACGCGUAUAGCUUCGGAGGUGAUUCGGAAAUUUGGAAUGGCAGCGAAGACUCUCUGAAGAAAUUUGCCAAGAUCGCUGCUUAA